AUGAAGAAGGCGCCUCUUGAAAAGGUGUCCUGCACGCUCAAGGAUCGCGGCAUCGUUCCGCUUCAAGCUGACAAGGAAGGUGGUUUCGCAGCGUUGCCGAAAACACUGUUCAAGGAAAAAGCUCUAAAUCCUUCCAAGGGUCCACCAAUAAGCUCAACAGAUCCGAGAAGGUACACGGACACUGCCCGCCACCAUCUUUUGGAUGUGCCCCGUGAUCUCCGAGAGUUAUCCAGCGAAAUCGCCUCUGACAUCCACGCUGCCGCACCAAGCCUCGCCUCGUUGAGGCGAACCUCGCAGGCGCGCCGCGUUCCUUACACUCCAACAACCAUGGAGGAGACAGUGGACGAGAGACGACCAACCAGCAGGACUGUCACUCAGGUGACUGGCAAGCUGUGCUUCGUGCCUAUCGAAAUCGAGCUCCAGGAUGCCCUGCUGCAGAUUCCACACGCCAUCCUCAAUGGCAUGGCACGCCAUACAAGAGCAAUCCUGGCAGUAGACCUCACCAAAGCGUCUGACAGGGGGCAGCCCGCCAUCAGCACAUGGGAGGAAUGGGAGGCCCUUCUUGCGCCGCAGGAGCUGGAAGCACAGCUUCGCCAUGUGAGCCGGGGUGCCCUGCGUGUGGACGAGGACGACCGGUGUAACCGGACCGUGGAUAUAUACCAAGGUGUGGAGAGCCCUCCGGUGACCGAGCGCAACCGAGGUCGACCACUCCACUGUACUUACCGCAUUCGAGUGAGACCUGCUCGUGAUGACUGGGUAGUUUUUGUCCGCUUCAUUAGACUGCGCAUUGGUGAGCCAUCGGAUGACCGCCAAAGAUGCGAUGGCGGCUACGUACAGAUCGUGGAUGGCUACAGAGACUCCAACCAGUCUAACCGCGAUGCUCCGGGAUUCCACUGCGGUGAGAUCGACUCGCCCAAGACUUUCAUAUCGGAGACGCCGUACGUAAAGAUUGUGUUUCACGCGGACUUCUACGGAUCUGACACGUACAUGCACUUCGAUGCUUCUGUCAAACAGCAAGGCGAGGUCUCCUCACGGUACGGCCAGUACUCCCAGCUCUACCCGAACCGUCGCGGUGUGCCAGUUCCUAACACAUACUGCCACCGGGCGUUCCGAGACUGCGCCCCGGGCCGCUGUUUCGUGCAGUCGCCAGGUUACCCGGGUAUCUACCCACGCAAUCUGCGCUGCAAGUACCGCAUCAGUGUGCGGCGGAACCUGGUAGGCCUCGACCUGGCUGCCUUCGACGUGGAUGGGUUGCGCUGUGACAAUCUCCUCAUGUGCUUUCCGAGGCCGGUCACCAGGGACCCGGAGCGGUGCCCGUACGACUUUGUCAAGGUGUACGACGGACCGACGGAGGACUCCCCCCUGAUCGCGACACUAUGCGGCCGUGGCCGUCUCAAAUCAAAUAUUGUCGCCACGGGAUCGGACAUGCUGGUGACAUUCGCCAGCUCGGCGGCGGGCCCUCUUCUCAACACCGGGUUCCACUUCAAGGCGGAUGCAGUGUUCGAUGCUGGAGAUGGGGAGCACGUCCAGCUUCGCAAUGGCACCUGCAUCAUUGAGAAGAAAUUAAGCGUACCAGCUGUAUUUGCAAGCCCCAGGUAA